UCGGUCCCGGGCUGGUCGCGUCCCCGGCGGCCUGGGCCACGGCCCCUCCGGGUACCGCCGGGAUGCCCGGGACCCGCGCGGCCAGGAGGACCCGCGAGGAGGUGGACGCGACGCUGCAGGUGGCCAAGCUGGACGCCGCCGAGCUGCUGCCCACCGCGCACUGCCUGGCCUUCGGCCUGGGCGCCCACGGCGGCGCCGGAGACGUGUGCCUGCUGGAGCUCGAGCCCGCGCUCUGCCAGCAGCUGGAGGCCGGGCGCAGUCUUGUGAUUCGCGGUGACAAGGAGGAGCAAGCUGUGCUCUGCAGUAAAGACAAGACCUACGACCUGAAAGUAGCAGACACGUCCAAUAUGUUACUUUUCAUUCCUGGUUGCAAAACUCCAGACCAGCUGAAGAUGGAAGAAAGUCCCUGUAAUAUUGUUCACACUGAGAUCUUUGGUUUUUCUAAUAAUUAUUGGGAAUUAAGAAGAUGCAGACCUAGAUUAAAGAAGCUAAAGAAACUUCUGAUGGGAAAUACUUAUGAAGGACCUGACAGUCCAAAAGAAAAGGAUUCAAAAUGCUCAAAAUAUACAACUGAAGAUUUGCUUGAUCAAAUUCAGGCAAGUGAGGAAGAGAUAAUGACCCAAUUAGAAGUUCUAAAGGCCUGUGUGAUUGGAGGCUACUGGAGGAUUCUUGAAUUUGAUUAUGAGAUGAAACUUCUGAAUCACAUAACUCAGCUUGUGGAUUCGGAAUCUUGGUCUUUUAGUAAAGUUCCUUUGAAUAUAUGCCUUCAGGAACUUGGGCCUUUGGAGCCAGAGGAAAUGAUAGAACACUGUCUCAAAUGUUAUGGAAAGAAAUACGUAGAUGAAGGUGAAGUGUAUUUUGAAUUGAGUGCUGACAAAAUAUGCAGGGCCACAGCGCAGCUGCUGCUGCAGAACGCCGUGAAGUUCAAUCUGGCCGAGUUUCAGGAAGUGUGGCAACAGAGCGUUCCUGAAGGAAUGACCACGAGCCUUGAGCAGCUCAAGGGUCUAGCACUAGUGGAUAGAAACUCGAGACCAGAAAUCAUAUUUUUGCUGAAAGUAGAGGAUUUACCUGAGGGAAAUCAGGAACGUUUUAACAGUUUGUUCUCUCUGAGGGAGAAGUGGACGGAAGAGGAUAUUGCUCCAUACAUCCAAGAUUUGUGUGGAGAGAAGCAAACCAUAGGGUCAUUACUUACUAAAUAUGCUCGUUCUUCGAUGCAAAAUGGCAUUAAAGUUUAUAAUUCAAGAAGACCCAUUUCUUAAAAGAGCAGUAGUUUUUUCUUUGGAACUAAGUUGCUUUAUAAAGUUGAUGUAAAAAAAUAAAAAUUAAAAGAGUCUCUUGUGUAUUUGUGUUCCUGACUUCCAGAACUUGCUUCUUAAAUUCUUUUUUCUCAUUGUGAACAUUUUGACACUGCUUUCUUUUUUUUUUAAUUUCUUAAACGUCAUAGGAUAUUUCUAUGUCCCUCAGACUGUACAAUAUGCACUCUAUACAAGGACAAAAUCAUUGUUUUCUAUGUUUAGUAUGUCUUGAAGUCUACAUGGUUCUAUUUAUAGAGUUGUGCUUUUUUGUACAUAAAAUGCUCUAUCUUUAAGAUUUAA